UUUCAUGAAAAACUUCUCUCUUUUUGUUAAAAAAUCACUAGAUUCAUUUAAAAAGCUUGGACCCCCUCCCUUCCUACAAAAACGUUUCAGUUUUUAUCACUGACCUAAGAAGAUCGUUUUAGGUUAGUGGUUUUGAUAAACAAAAAUAUUCUCAAGGCACAAAGUCACUUUAUUUAUUUGCUUUGGCAGCCCUGGGAUAGAUAACACAGAUAGGUAUCGAUGUUUAGAACAGGUAUCGGUACCAAUACUGAUACCUAUAGAUAUUUAUGUAAUCGAUACCUGCCCAUCACUAGCGGUAAUUGCAGGGUCGACAUACAAGCCUAGGCCUAUGACGACAGUUGACAGUCUGCUGUCUGUCAUUAGUUUGUUGAAACCCAGUACUGAAGCUGAGACGAGGACAAGAGCGACUAGUUUUAUCAUUUUCUUAAACUGUGGAAAUAAGAAUAUCAGAGGUGUGUGACUGGACUGACAGCUGAAGGGAGUUGAGGAAUGGCUUUUUCAAACAGUAUUCCCCUGCCCCGCACAGCACAGAACUUGGUGUUCAACAAUCCUCUCAUGGACCCUAUUAUGAAGAAUGCUUACUUCUCUUCUAGGAUUCAGCUGCAGCCUUUUGAUUGUACAAAAUAUUUGGAUGCUAUUAAGAAUUCCAAGUUCAAUCAAAUGGGUAGAGAUAGCAGUUGCAGUCAGAUGGCUGUGGACACGUUAAACAGCCUUGUUAGUGAAAAUGGUUUUGCCACGCCUUUAUUAACUUUGGUUGCUCUGGAACAGACAGAAAUUGUGGAAAUACUUAUAAUGCAAGGUGCUUCUUGUAAUAUCCAAAAUAUACUUGGGCACUCACCUCUUCAUUUAGCGUGCUUGUCAAAAGCUAAAAAGAUGACUGAACUGCUGCUUUCAGAGAAAUGGAAGAGUGAUGUUAAUCUCUCAGACUGUUUUGGAUACUCCGCUCUUUUUUAUGCAAUUUUUGGGGGUGAUGUAGACAUAAUAAGUUUUCUAUUAAGUCAUAAAGCAGAAGUCAACAUUCAAUCAUUUUCUGGCCUCAGUCCUCUUAUUGCUGCAUCAGCAUUUGGUUUGGUAGGAGUAGUAAAUGAUCUCUUGGACAAGGGAGCUAAUGUUAACUGUCAGAAUACUGAAGGAAUGUCUCCUCUCAUGGGUGCAGUUUGUCGUGACUCGCAGGAGAUUGUGGAGUGUUUGUUGGAACAUGGAGCAAAGGUUGACUUGGUUGAUCGUUUUGGUGAAACAGCUUUUACUUUGAGUGUUUUAAUGGGACACUAUGAUUGCAUGAAAAUGCUUUUGAAAUAUGGUGCUGACAUAAAUCAUACAAAUAUUGAGGGGAUUUCUGCAUUGAUGUUGGCUGUGUUUAAAAGUGAUUAUAAAAUGACAAACUGUUUGCUGAAGAAAGAAGCGGGAGUGGAUGUUUGUGAUAAAAAUGGAAGAACAGCAUUAUUUUAUGCUGUGGAAUCUGGUUUUUAUGCUGGUGUCCAAAAUUUGUUGAAGGCCAAAGCAAAUGCAUCUGCAUUUGAUUACAAGGGCAUAAGUGCAUUGGCGAUUGCAUGUUCCAAAAAGCCGUCGCACUUGCCGAAAUUGCUUGCCACUGAAAGUAACUACAAUACACAAAUGUGCGUUGAAUUAAAUAUUUCUUUGGAAAACUGUCUGGUGCACCAGCAACUAAAAACAUUUGAUUGUCUUCUUGACAAACAUAAAUUGUGUAAAAGUUUUAGAAACCAAGAUGGAGAAACAUUGUUACACCGUGCUGUACAAUUCCUGUCAGAUAAGAAAAUGCUGCAAAAAGUUGUUAAAGUAUGCAGUGACAGUGUAAACUCCAAAAGUCUGAAUGGUCUUACUCCUUUAUUAAAAAGUGUCAUGGCUAAAAACACGGUGGCUGUUAAAGUCUUGGUUAACAGUGGCGUUGAUGUCAACUGUCAAGACAUUAACGGUGUAUCCCCUCUUCAUUGUGCUGCUGAACUGGGUCUCGUGACAAUAAUGAACUCUUUACUGCAUAGUAAGGCAGAUAUCAACUGUCUUGACUGUUUUCGACAAAGUGCUCUGAUGAAGGUUUGUAGUGUUGGGUGUAUAGACGGAGUGAAAUUAUUGAUUGCCAACAAAUGUAAUGUGAAUCUAACAGAGCAUCGAGGAUGGAAUGCUCUCAUGUUUGCAGCCCAGAAAGGUUUUGUGGAGGUGAUCACUCUUUUGUUGGAAAACAAGAUGGAUGUGGGCAAAAAGUCUGCCAGUGGGGUGACUGCUCUUGCAAUAAGUGCAGGUAAUGGUCACAAAAGGGCAUCUUUGACUUUGCUAGAGCAUGGAGCACAAGUAAAUGAAGGUUUUGUCAAGUCUUGGAUGUCCGAUUCUUCUCCACUGUAUUUUGCUCUCCUUAACAAACAUCCAUCAGUUGUGAGAGAAUUAGUUGCAAGAGAUGCUCAUAUUGGUGGUGUCACUAUAAACAAGUCUACAGCAACCAGUUCUACAGCAUCCUUAUUGUGUGUCCAGUCUAGAAAUUUGGGCCUUGUCACAUAUUUUGUACAAGAUUGCAAGGUGGAUGUAAAUAAGGGGAACCUUGAGGGUCUUCGUCCUAUUCAUGUAGCUGCUUUCAAUGGAGAUGUAGAUAUUUUGGGAGUUCUGUUAAAGGCUGGUGCAGAUCCGAAUGUUGCCACGAAAAGUCAUGUGACAGCUCUGAUAAAUGCAUCUGUGUGCGGAAGCUUGGAGAUAACAAGACUCUUAAUUGAGAAAGGGGCAAGAGUUGAUGAGCGUGCUGAAGAUGGUUGGACCCCUUUGAUGUUUUUUGCCCAGACAGGAAACUCAAAAUGCAUGGAGAUGAUUUUAGCUAAAUCUAAAGCAGAUAUUGAUUCUGAAGAAGAGAAAGGAAACACUGCUUUGCAUAUUGCUGUCUCAAAUGGAAAAGUUGACGCCGUCAAAAUGCUUCUUGAUAAGAAGGCAAAUCCAGACAAGCGAAACGCUGAAGGUCUGGGUCCAGUUCUAAUCUGUGCCCACAACGGUCAGUUAGAAAUACUCCAGUGUCUAUUAGAAAGUUCCAAGUGUGACCUGGAAGUAAAAACUUCAAGAGGAGAAACUGCUCUCUUGCUCGCUGCCAAGACAGGAAGGGAGAGUAUUGUGAAACUUUUGCUCAAGAAAGGAGCCCUUGUCAAUGCUGUGUCAGACGAUAGGGAAACUGCACUUCAUGUGAGCGUCUCUGGUGGAUAUUAUGGUAUUGCUGAGGAAUUGAUUAAAAAUGGUGUGGACAAAGAAAAGAUUGACCUGAAAGGUAACACAGCUCUCCUGAAUUGUGCUGGGAGGCUCCCAAUUCUGAAAAUUCUCGUAGAAAGAGGAGCAGAUUUGAACAAACUGAACAAUAAAAACAUGUCAGUUUUGCACCUUUCUUUUCAAUGUAAGAACAAAGAAUGUGCUAAAUUCCUCCUACGCCAAAAAUCUCUUUCCCGGAGCACCAGAGAAAACGCCAAGGUAUAUGCAAGUUGUGAACUGUACAUGAAUGACUUUAUUCAGCUGAUUGAAAAUACUGAACCAGACUUGGAGUCAUCACAGCAACAAGAACAAUCCUUGCUCCCAGGGGACAUUGGAGAAUCUGAAGAGCCAUGUGCAGCUGAAGAAAUAACUGAGAAGGCAAAGAAAGCUGCCAUCGUAAUCUCCAAGUCACUAAAGAACAUUCCAGAAGUUGCAGCCUUGAAAAAUGACGCUCAAAUUGUGGUCAACAUAAAUAAUAUGUAUGUGAAUGAAAAAGUGGAAAAUAUGGCCCUUCAGAACAGCCAAAUUAUCCACAACGUAUACAGUGAUGGAACAGAUGCUGCUUAUGAUUCAGAAACGGACGAUGAAUCAAGCAGACCUGCUUAAAGCAGCACAAUACCAAGGUGGUUUGUCACAUUUUGGAAAGACGGGAGUCAAACUUUAUGGGACGACAGUCUUGUGAGAAUUUUUUGCCAUUGUAGCAAAACGCUAAAUCGCUCAAGAAAUAAUUAUGUUCUGGAAGCAAAGGUUGAAAGCAAGAGAGGAUGGGGGAUACCUAACAGAUGGUGGGAACAAGACAUAGGAACCUGACUUGGUACCAAAGCAACACUGGCAGGCAGAAUGGCGAGAGACAGGGUGUUUGAAUGUGUUUUAUUGCAGAAAAAUUGGAGAAGCAAAAUCCAGCUAAUGGAAAAGCUUAGGAAAAGAAGAGUAAAAGUGCAGGUGUCAAUAUGUGAAUCUUUUAUCUUUAAUGGAGUGCAUAGUAUCUGUUAAAGGCUAUUUUAUUUUUAAAAGCCAGUGCUGUUUGUUAAAGCUUUCUAUACAGAUUUGCCUAUUACAGAGCUUUCUUUGAUGUAUUUCAACUAUUUAAUUACCUGUUUUGAAAUAUUUUUCGUGCUAUAUUUUACUUUUAUAUUCACUGAAAAUGUGGGAAGUAUGUCAUAACUAUUUUGCACGAUGAAAUAAGAUAUUGUGCCUUUUUGUGAUCUAUUUGAAGAAAGCAAUGUCAAUUUAUAUGCAAGACGCAAAAGAGAAGUUAUUUACAAAUGAACUGUUUUUGCUGAUCAUAUUCUUGGAAUUGUUUAUAUUGAAAACUUGCUGUGAUUCAUUUACAUUCUUGUGUUCUCAAUCUCCUGCUAUUCCGAAUACAUCUGUCUAUUGUUUUCAUUUUUUUAGGGUGGUGGGGCUUGCAAUGCUUUUGAUUUGUCAAAAUAUUUUCAAAUUUCUAAAUCACAGUUACAACAAAGUUAAAAACUGGUUUUGUCUUUACAUGACAUAAAUACCGAAAAUGGGUUUUUGUGUUGUCUCAUUAACCAUGGUUAUGAUUUUCUUUUGUUGAUGUUUUCAUGUUGUGUGAAAUCAUUCCUAGGGGACUCGUCGAACUUGUGGACCCAAAUGCAUGCCAGAGCAUGUACUUCUUACCAAGUGAGCUUAGGUCCAUGGGUUCUGUAGGUUUACAGGACUAGGGCUCAACAAUGGGCUUACCUGGAGAUAUGGUAUUUGCUGCUUGUUCCAGACAUUCUGUUUAAUCGGUUUUUGGACAGCUAGUAUGGUUAGAUGAUAUAUGGUUAACUUUUUUCAAGUUUUUCAUAUCCCUGGUCAAUAAUAAUUUUUUUUUAAAAUUUUUUUUGGGGGGGAGGGGGGUGGGGGUCAUUUCAGAUAAAUUUGAAAAGAAACUGGAAAGCCUGAGAACUGGUUCCUUAGGUCAGGCACUCCUCGACUAAGAAAAAAUUGAAGAAUGUAAAUAUCUUUGUUGCCAGGAAGAAAAUCUUAAGGAAUCUCUUCCUAACACUGAAGAAACUGUAUGGAUUCAACAAUUUGUAAUACCCCGGAGACAGCUGAAGAGUGUUGAAAAUGUGUAGCUUUAUAGGCUGUAAAUAGAGGAAGUGCUCCAAAUGGCAGGUUGUGAAAGAUCUAUAACCAGAACCAUCAAAAAAAGACAAUUGAGAUUUUUUGGCGGCAUAAAUAGGUCAAAUGGAUAGAGAAACUGCUGCUGUGUGGAAAGUUAGAGGUAAAGAAGAACAGAGUCAGACAAAGAACAACAUACACAGAUGGCCUGACCAACUUUGCAACAAAUAACGCCAAAAAAAAGAAAAGGAAGGAGGUACCAUGAUUGUCAACGUCUGCUCCAGACCUCACACCUGACGAAGAAGAUAUAGGCUGUAGUUGAAAAUAAAGCUUAUAAGGAAAAUAAGAAUGCAAAAUCUGUUGAAGGACCAACAGUCGAUUACCCAUGAAGAGAUUUAGCAUGGAAGGUGAAAGAAAAUGAAACCGUUUAGCUCAAGUGUACCUGAACAUUAAACUAUCAGUCUCUUUCUUCUCAUUUGUUCAAGUUUUUCCUAACCACUCUGAGGAAAGAUACAUAAGAGAAAUUGUUUAGUGAAGAUAUUGAAGGAAAAA